UAGGCGACGCGCGUUACGGAAACGCCGAGCAUGCGCAGACGGAAUAUAGACCGUAACGUCAACGUUGUGCGCCAGCGCUGAACAUGGCGAGCAGUAAAAGAAAUGCACUUCUCUCUUCACUAGCGGCUUAUGGGGACGAUUCAGAGCAGGAUUCAGAUCCAGACACAGAUGAUCAAGAAGCAGAAUCUCAUGGUGGAUUGGUGUCGGCUAGUUACGGAGUGGAUGACGUGAGCCGUGUGGAAGAGGCAGAAGAGAAGCCCUCGGAAAAUGAGGAUAGUGAUGAGGACAGCACUAGAAAUUCGGAAGAGGAGAAGUCGGACUCAGGGCGGACCCAAGAUGAUGUGAAGGAUGUCCUGGAAGUGGAGGUUAAAGACCCCAAUGAGCUUGUUGCACAGUUUUCGGAGAAGGUUCGGAACAUGUCUCCUGACGAGAUCAGAAUUCCUCCUGAACCUGCCGGGCGUUGUUCCAGUCAUCUGCAGGAAAAGAUCUUUAAGCUUUACGAGCGGAAGCUUCAUGGAGACUUUGAUACAAACAGCCAUAUUCAAAAGAAGAAAGAGUUUCGCAACCCAAGUAUUUAUGAGAAGCUAAUCCAGUUCUGUGGAAUUGACGAACUUGGAACCAAUUAUCCAAAAGAUAUGUUUGACCCCCAUGGCUGGUCAGAGGAUUCGUAUUAUGAGGCACUGGCCAAAGCUCAGAAGGCAGAGAUGGACAAGCUGGAAAAAGCCAAAAAGGAAAAGACCAAGAUUGAGUUUGUGACGGGCACCAAAAAAGGCACCGCUACUAAUGCAGCAGCUCUGGCCACAAACACAACAACUGCCUCAUCCACAGAUGCCCAGAAGAGGAAGAGCAAGUGGGACUCAGCAGUGCCAGUGUCCCUGGCACAACCCGCCCUCCUCACCACCACUGCCACCCUCCCUGGAGUCGUCUCUGUGACCACAACAGCCAGCGGCACCAAGACCACAGUCAUCUCAGCAGUGGGAACCAUUCUCAAAAAAGCUAAGCAAUGACACGAAGAAUGUGACAGGAAAAAAAAAGACCGGAAAUUUCCCUUCAGUUUGCCAGAUUGAUAGUCAAUGGCAGUGCCACAUGUAAACAUAACAAGUCCUGCUGUUUUACUUGAGCAACAGUUGGCUUCAACUGUUUGGCAGCUGGAAUAGAUGGUCUUUAUCUCAUUUUCAGAAAGAGAACAUUUUGGAUAUACAGUAUCAUCAUAACGGCAUAAUUAUACCAGACGUGUUCAACUUUGACUAGCUAUUUCAAAUACAUUCAUCUGAUGGUUCAUGCUUUUUUUUUUUUUUUUGUAUUUAAACUUCUUGGUUGUUUGCUCAGAUGUUUUCCAUUGAAUUCAUGUAUGUAAAAACUAUCCUGCAGCUGUCAUACAUUGCAAGCCACCUGAACUUUCAUGUCCAACAUAUGAAAAAGAUCAAACCUACAAUAAUUUGAGUCAUUUUUUCUUUUCGUUUUGUUUUUCCUUUUAAUAAUCAUUCAUUGUUUGAUAGAAGUCCAGUCAGGUUUGCUUACUAUCUGUCUCCAUUUUCAUGUUUUGGAUAGGUCACAUCUCAGAACACCAAUUAAACAUCACUGGAGUAUUCAUUCGGUAUCUUAUUAAUUUCAAGUAUCAUACAGACCGAAGGGGGUCUUAUAAUUUGGUGAAAGUUCAUUUUUACUUUUUUUCCUGUCAUUUCUAUCUUUUUUUUUUAUUUCAUUUUAGCAAUGCAAGUAGGUAUUUUUUAAAACAUGUAUAUAUUAAAAUGACUGUGGCUUCUCUGUAGCUCAGCAGUGUAAAAAUAAAAGUUUUUUUGUAUCAUUGCAAA